CUGUUUUGAAUGUCGCCGUCGCUGUCGUCAUACUGUAGUUUCACAUAUUCAAUAUGUAAAAAUGGUUUUCGCUAUUGCAACAGACCAACGCUGCCUCGUAUCCUUUUGGGCCGGACGGCCAGGCAGCCAGGUCCCGAUAAGUCAUCUGCCAUACUGCAUGAUAGUGUUUGUUAGGGAUCAGCUCGUUAAAGCCUUUCAAAAGCGUCGGAACAGCCCCCUAAAGGUUUUCGGCGUCCGCCUACCGCUGGCCAGCUCUACUCUGUUCCAGUCGUCUGGCCAGCAAGCAGAUGAGCGACAACAAAACGAUGAACAGGGCAAGCGGACAGGGCGCCGGUUCGCCAAUCGCACAACGGACUCGUUGCCGAAGCGCGAGCCACGGCCGGCUCCUGCAGAGCGCACGGACCUGGAGGAUGCAAUCAAGGUGGUGCAGGAGGCCCUGGCCAACUCCGACCUGCUCAGCGAACUGAUAUCUGCGCUUCCGAUAAUGACGCACGGACGGAACAAGUCCAAGAGUGCUGCGAUGGUGUCACUGGUGUUCGCGCUACCCCCCUCGGCAUGGGCGGGCCUGGCCGGCAAGUCCCGCUUCGUCGCCGGCAAGACACUUGUGGACUUUGUGGACGAGUUCCAGCAGGCCGAGAAAGCCGACGUCGCUGGAUGGCUGGUAGAUAUGCUGGAGAAGGCACUGCCCACACCUGCGGAGCUCAUGGUGUUUGACUGGGGCAUGGAUGGCACAGCGCCAUGGACACGGCUGCACGUGCUGGGGCACAACAGCGCCAUGCUUUUGUUGCUGAGCCUCCUGCCAGCCACCAUCGAGCGGCCCGAGGAGCUGAGGGAGGGCGGGGCAACGCUGUCGGAACUCGUGAUGGGGGCGGCGAAGGAAGCGGAGGAGGAGAAGUAUCUGGUGGACGGCAAGAGCUGUGGCGGCGCGCUGUGCACAGCUCCCGUGGCGGGUCCCGAGGAGGUGCUGUGCGAGACCGGGCGCGGCCCUGUGUGUGGCACAGCUGAAGCGGGAGGCGACGUGUCUCAUUGCAGCCUCCCGCAGGCGGCCACCAGCACUGCGCAGCCAGCCAGGCCCUCGCGCUGUGCGGCGCAGGUGUCUGCUGCGUGCACCAGCGCCAGCAGCCGCGGAGAGCCGCCACCCCACCAACCCACCACAACGCCGCCAGCUCCAGCUGUAGGCAAGGACAACGCGGAUGCUAUUGGGAGCAGGCCGCCGGCAGCAGCGGCCGCUGCUGCUGCUGCUGUUCGUCAGCCGCGGGACGCCCGGGGCGACUGCGCUGCUGCUGGCGUUGAUGCCGCCAGCUGCGCCGCCACCACCGCAGCUGCCUCGCGAGACAUGGCGCAUUGCAAGGCGGCGAGCGCUGGUGGCGCGCAACAGCCGGUGUACGCGCUGCGGGCGAGUGGGCCUUCGUCGUCGGCAAUUUACCGCCGAUGCAGCCCUGGAUACUCCGCGGGCGUCGGUGAGAGCGGCAACGAGCACUGCGAGGCCCAGGCAGGACAGCAGGCGGAGUCACCUCUGGCAGCGCUGCCCCUGCUGUCUCCCGUCGCCUCAAGUGGCGGGUCUCCGGCGGGUGGGGAUGCUCAGCAGCCGGCAGGUAGGCUGCGGAAUGCAGCGGCCGUGAUGGCAGUGCCGGCGGCGGCGGUGGGGGCAGCGGCGUCGGCGGCCGUGGUGGAUGAGCCGGAGGUCCAGCAGCACGCCGCAGCAGGCAGCCGUGAGCCUACUGGAGGCGCCGCAGCGCAGCGGGAGCACGACGUGCCAGAGCCACAGCCAAGAACGCCACCGCCAAAUGCCAGGAUGACAUGGCCGUCCUCGCAGGCCGCCUGCACGCCGGGCAACACGCCACACACGAGCGGCAUGUCACUGCUUGAGGAGGAGGCGGAGCACAGGGCGCACCAGGCCCGGUACUACGUCACCGGCGAGGCUGUGGUGUCCAUCGUGUUUGACACGGUGGACGCAGUGGAGGCGGAAGCGUGGCAGCUGGGCAAGGAGCCGGACCCUGGGCUGUACCCGAAAGCCACCGCCGUCCUGUUGCUGAGCCUGGUGUUGCUGCAGGGCCUUAAGGACACGUCCGCGCAACGCUGGCUUGCGAAAGCCCGCACUAUGGAGGAGCUGGUGGAGCAGCUGGAGACGUGGGCGGGGUCCAAGCAGCUGCAGCUGGACACGUGCCUCAGCUACGUUUGGGCUGGGGCCCCGGACUGGAGCUCGGUGAAGGCGGCUCUGGGCGGAGCAAGUGAGGGCCUCGCCAGCAGGCGUUUUGAUGAGGGCAGCUACAACGCCAUCUUCAAGGUGGUGGGCGAGGACAAGUUGGUCCUGCGAAAACCGCUGGGUGGAGCCUACCGCGACCUGCUGACAGCCACCUACAAGCAAGGGCCGGCCCUGCUCCGCCACCUGCGUGCGGCCUGCCGGUUACACCGCGGGAAUAUGCGGUCCAUCGGUGUGCGCAUCAUGGGCCUGCUGCCGGUGGUCAACGGGCACGUCCCCGACCUCACCACGCGCAAGGCGCUGGACGACCUGCGCACUACGCGCAACGUGGUCAUCGCCAUGGUGAUGGAGGAGCUGACGCCCACGGACAAGGCCGCCAAGGCGCUGGCCCUACUUGCCCAGGCCCGCCAGGCGGGUGUGUGGCCGCGGUCGGUGGCGUUGGCGAUGGCCAGCGGUGUGCUGUGUGGAGCAAGCGGGCUGUUCGAGAUGAAGCUGUAUCACGAGGACAUCAAGGCCAACAACAUGGGCUGGACUGACCUCACCCAGCUCGGCGAGGUGACCUGGAUUGACAACGACGACCUGAACCAGGACUCGGCCGGCGUUGUGCAGAUGCACCACACCACGCAAUACACCGCGUUAAGAAAGCGGCGGUGCCUGGCUGCCGGCAAUGCGUACUUCCGCCCGACUGCCAAGCUGCUCAACACCAUGGACACGACACAGGUGCAGGGCUUCAAGGCCGCGUUGGUGGCGGUGCUGCUGCCGGAGGUGAUGCUGCUGUGUGCGAGCAACGACUGCCAGACCUUCACACCCCGGCUGUGGACCACCGGCGCAGCCUGUGACGGUGGCCUGGGCGUCUUGUACCCCAACCAGCUGAUGUCGGCGGCGCUCGCGCAGGUGCUCGCAACACUGCUGCACCCCAUGGCCAAAAAGCGCAAGGCACUGCUUGAGCUGGUGGCGCGCGUGCGCAGCUUCAGCGACGAAAUGAACGCGCGCGCCAUCCGCCUGGCCGGAUCUGCCGACGGCGGGCGCCCGUGUGUGCCGUCAGGCGCCGAGGCGCUGGCACACCUGUGCAGCCCGCCGCAGACGCACGUGCUGGACCAGCUGCUGCACACAGCCGUGCUGGAGCGCUGGUCGCAGGAGCCAUUCGAGGACAGGACCCUGCAGCCAGUGCUGAACCUGCUGUACGAGGCCGCGCACUGCACGUGGCCCGCCGGCCCCAUCAACGGGUUCAUGCAGCGGUUGCUGCGGCUGGCGGUGCUGUGUGAUACCGUGUCCGUGGCCAAGCGCCAGCGGCCGGACCUGCUGCUGCUGAGGUGCAAGGCCAACCGCGGGCGCACGCUGCUGCAUCUGCUGGGGGCCACCGGCAACACGGAGGGCUACCUCGCCGUCCUGCGGGCCCUGGACGCAGCGGGCCUUCGUGCCGAGUGCCGCCAGUUCAUGAGCGAGGCCGACCGUAACGGAGACACGGCGGUCAUGCUGGCGGCCGUGCAUGGGCGGCUGGCGCCCAUUAUGGCGCAUGUGCAGUUCGCGGAGGCGCGGCUGCUCGAGGAGGACGUCAGCAUGUACAUCGGAAGCCUGCGGCACGAGCUCGCCGUGAAGGGCUGGCUGAAUGGGCUGGUCAAGAAGUCGGCCCUGGGCAGCCUGCUCACCAUCCUCUGCAGCCUGUACAGCGGGCACAACGACAGGCUGAGCUCGCUCCUGGCGUACGUGCCGCCAGCGCUGCGGCUGCCGGAGGCGGUCGCACAGGGCGACGGGCCCAGCGCUAGUAGCAGUGAUGGGGCCGGCGGCCAGGCAGCAGCAGGGGGGUCGCUGGCAGCUGCCCACGUGCACUUGGAGGCGGCCCACGGGCUGGCCACAGACGCGUUUGAGGCGCAUAACAGCGCCCGCGCGUCCCGCCUGAGCUCGCUGCUUCUAGGCGCACACGAGACACCAGACCCGGCGGCCGGGCGGGUGGCGGGCCUGGAGGUGAAACAGGUGUUGCGCAGCGCUCUGGAGCUGUUUACGACGGCCGCCGCAAAGAUGCCGCCGCCCCAGUCAAAAGCGAUUGCCGCCGGCGGCAUCAACAGCAUGGCACGCCGCAUGCUGAUGAUCAAGACUGCUCCUGCGCUGGGCGCGGACACCCUUUUCCACGGGGCGGCCGCGAUGGCCGGCCCACUGGAGGAGCUGUACGGCUGGGUCACGGACCUGUACGACAAGGAGUUCGCGGACGCAUGCCUGGCCGUGACCAACGAGGACGGUCGCACGCCGGUAGAGGUGCUGCUCCACUGUCAUCCGAUGCUCAUGAGCAAGCCCGGCUUCGACUCGAUUGAAUUCGUCGACCACGGCCGCGCGGCGCCGGAGGGUGCCGAGCUCUCCGCGAUUGCGGCCAGUCUGCGCGCCUUCGUGGCGGCGCGGGUUCAGGACACAGCCACGGCGGCCUACUGCGAUGGCCCCCUGCGUAUGGAGCUGGACAAGAAGAUUAAGGAGCUGCUGGCACCGUGAGCAAGGCGGUAGGAGUCCCGACCUGGCGGACGCGGCGGCAGAAGACACGGAGAUGGAGGACGUGAUGGAGCCGCGCAACAAGAAGGCGCGCACCGUGGAGGCGCGCGUGGCGGAGGCGGGCGCGGCGGAGGCGCCUGCAGAGGAGGGCGAGAACAGCGAGCCCUGCCUAGCGGGGGAGGGGGAGGGGUCGGAGUCGUGGCAUGAGCCGCGAAAAUGGCAGUAGCAGCGGCUGCAUAGACGGGGACAUGCAUGGGCAUUCGGGAUCGUGCAUUCGGGGCUGCUACAAUACGCCAUAGUCGGGUGUGGGUGUUGGGAUUACGGGGUGAUGGUACGGUAGUGUUCGUGGGUUUUGGGGCAUUGCAUCGACACGUGAACCCAUGAGAGACGGCAAUGGUGCCUGAUGGUACGGUAACGGGUCUUGUAUCGGUGCCGGCAACCCAGGCACCCAGGGCGGCUGUGGAGCAACAGCACCGGCUAAGUCAGGCCCGCCGCCGCGCACUGUACAACGGCCCCGGAUGAAGAGGCAUCAGCGUGCUCACGUGUGGCCCAGGGCUGCGCCCCAGCAUGCGGCACAGUGACCGCUGCUGCUGGCAGUGGACGGUCGCGCACUGCCAUCCGUACGGUGUGGCGGUGCCAUCGCCGGCCGGGGCAGGGGCGUCGCUAUCAGCAGCGCAUGCGCGCAGCAGCGCCUACUAUGUUAAGAGGACGUAGGCGUCCAUGGAACUUCCCGGGAUGCUAGCAUGGUCAGGUGGUCCGUGUGUCGCCGUGCGGAGUUCACGGGUUGCCGCGUUCGUGUGGCGGGGUCUGUUUGCUGGGGAUUUGUGCUGAACUUGCGGGUGUAUGUCAAUGACCGGACUGCAGGAUCUGGUGUUAAUAAGCGUGCGGCAAAGGAAGGGGUACAUGCGAACCAGGGGAGGUGCGAACAGCUCGGCCGCUGGUUAUGCAUGGACAAGGUGGUGGGUGAGCCCGCAGGGUGAUGACGCCUGGUUCGCGGAGGGCACAAGUGUAUCAACGAGGACGGCAAUUCUCGUUUGCAAUCAAAUGAUGCCGAGCUGGGCCUCGGCAAAUCCAAGGUCUGUCCCGGCAUAUCCUCAGUCCUGGCGGCCCUCAGCGCCGACGGCUUCUAAUCACAUGCUAGUUCGUAACACAUAUCGCCAGGCGGCAUAUGUGCCCGACGGGCCCCCCUGGCAUGUCGCUGGGGAGUGCGACGGCGUGUGAACCUUUGGUGCACAUGGGACCAACUUGUGGGCGUCGUCGUUAGGAAGGAACGGUCUUGACGUGCAAAGAACAGCCGGGCAUGCUUUGCGCGCCUACGGGGUGCUGAGGCAUUCACUGAGACGUCCACCGUGCAAAGCGUGGGGCGCGUUACCAUAUGU